AUGUCUUUUAUUCACAAUCACUUUAAUUCCUCGAAUAUUCCUACGAUAAGGUCCGGUAGAGUAUUCAGAAGAAAUCCCGAGAGUGGUUCGUCUUCUCCAAACGCGGCAAAAAUAAAAGCUCAGCCAGCUAGCUAUGUGUCCCAGCCGCAGCAGACCCAGCAUCAAGUUUCAAAUCACAAAGAAAUACGCUCAUAUGCCGAGCAAACCCUUGGAUCAGGAUCUGCCUUGGCACAAGCCGUCAAACUACCACGAGACGAAGAUCUUAACGAAUGGUUGGCCGUACAUGUUGUUGACUUCUACAACCAGGUCAAUAUGCUAUACGGAACAAUCACCGAGUUUUGCUCACCAGUCACUUGUCCUCGAAUGAUAGCUACCCAAGAGUAUGAAUAUUUGUGGCAAGACCCAAUGAACAGGAAUAGCAACAAACCAACAUCUAUGUCCGCUCCAGAUUAUGUGGAAGCUCUUAUGGUCUGGAUACAAGGUUUCCUGGAUGAUGAUAGUAUCUUUCCAACGAAAAUGGGAGUGGGAUUUCCCAAACAGUUUCCGUCCCUGGUGCGAACCAUUAUGAAACGAUUAUUUCGUGUCUACGCCCAUAUGUACUGCCACCAUUUUGAUGAGAUAAAUGAGCUUGGGCUGCAAACUCAUUUGAAUACAUCGCUGAAACAUUUUGUGUUAUUUUGCUCUGAGUUUCAAAUUCUAACUUCCAAGGAUUAUGGCCCUCUCGACGAACUUGUCUCUAGAAUGCUGCAUGACAGGGAUCGAAAAUGA